AUGAAAUCCACACUACCGUUCUUUUCUUGGCUAGCUUUGGUCAAUGGCACCACCGUUCAUAAGCAACCGCUACCGACGGUAGACCUUGGAUAUCAAGUCCACCGAGCAAUCUCAUUCGAUGAAACUAUCAAAGCUUACAACUUCACAAACAUUCCCUUUGCAGAGCCUCCCCUAGGUUCUCUCAGGUUCAAUGCACCGGUUCCACCCAAAGGACGUAAAUCGGGCAUUCAAGAUGGAAGCGUUGGCAAAGUUUGCCCACAGGCGUUUCCCAAUUGGCUGGCAAUGUCCUCAGUCUUCAUGACAGCCUUUACUGCGAACCAAACGUCAUCAUUCAACGUGACGCAAACACAAGAGUUGCUCUCCCAACUACCGCCACAGGCGCCUGAUGGUCGGACUACAGAAGACUGUCUUGUUCUCGAUGUUUUGGUUCCCCAAAAGGUAUUCGAUGCAAAGCGUAGUAAGGGUAGCAAAGGGGCCCCGGUUUUGGGUGGUGGAUAUAUCCUUGGGGACAAGACAAUGAUGGGGGUCCCAGAUGGUGUUAUGGCUGCAACUCAGACAAAGAGUAGCGACGGCGCCAUCUGGGUUGCUAUGAAUUAUCGUCUUGGCGCUUUUGGAUUCCUUUCUGGCCCCACGUUUCUGGAGCAAGGUGGCGUCGCGAACGCUGGGCUCUUAGACCAGAGGCUUGCACUUGAAUGGGUUCAGAAGAACAUCCACUUGUUCGGAGGCGAUCCCGAUAACGUAACUGUUAUGGGUGUUUCUGCUGGUGGCGGAUCGAUCAUGCACCAGAUCACGGCCUAUGGCGGGCAAAAGCCUGCUCCCUUUCGUCGAGCUAUCCCCCAGUCGGCCGGCCUUGUUCCAGUACCUGGAAAUAAGAAAGCAGAGCAAGCGUUCGAUGGGUUCCUCGAGCUUCUUAAUGUUACGACACUGGCUGAAGCGCGGGCCUUGCCUUCAGCAAAGCUGAUAGCUGCGAAUGCAAAGCAAGUCGGCGCUGCUCCCUAUGGCGGUUUUGUACAUGGUCCAACGGUUGACGGAGCUUUUGUGCCGGGAAUGCCCUCAAAGUUGUUUCUCCAAGGCGCGUUUGCCAAGGAUAUAGAGAUCAUUUCCACUUUCAACGCCAAUGAGGGAGUGCUGUUCACCGACCCUGCUGCCUAUAACGACGACACGCUAUUCAGGAAGCAGAUUCAAGACAUCUUCACCACGUUAUCAGGCGAUGAUGCCGAUUUUAUCUUUGAGACGCUUUACCCUACCAAAUAUGAUGGAUCUAUGCCGUACACCAACUCUUUGGGGCGAGCGCAGUUGGUCAUUGCCGAAGCUUCAAUUUUCUGCAACCAAAACGCAAUGGUCAAGGCUGCGCAAAAACAAGGCGUGGCUGCAUUCGCGUUUCAAAACUCCAUCUGGCCAGCGAUCCAUGGAUCUGACCAACGUUAUCUCUUCCCUUCAGGACCGACGACAGCUGCGGCCAGCCAAGUUUCGGGCGUUAUGUGGGAUAUCAUUGCUGGCUUUGUCAACAAUGGCUCCCCGAUCAAGCCCCCGGCUCACGGCGCCUCGAUUCCUGCAUACGGCCAGAAGGAUUCUAUUCUGAACUUGCGGGAUAACGCUUACUCCGUUAUUCGCGAUCCAACGACGAACGAAAGAUGUGAUUGGUGGCAAAAGGCGCUGUACUACUGA